CUGGGACCCGCGGUCGAUGCCGGCGAGGAGGGGGGGAUGGGCGCCUCUGCGAAAUGUAAGGACCCGAGACAGAACCAGAGCCCUAUAUCACAUAGAGCAGCAUAUACCCCUGUAUAAAUAUCGACUGUAAAUAUAUAAAACACUACAAUAAAUGGAUUAAAUCACCGGGGAUCUGUUAUAGACACUCAAUGGAGGCGCUGCACCCGAGUAGGACGGGGAAUUUAACUUUCUGCAUAUGCGUUGGGGGACGCUGAGAAGUUUGUUUCCUAACCCUGGAGAGGGAGCUACUUUUAAGGGCAAAGGAUACAGGAGACACCGAGGCCGAGGCACAGGCCUACUGGUCUGGUUGGAUUUGAUGUUGGGAUACUCGAAGGUUCUUCCUACUGUAUAUGAAACUGCCUUGUUUGUACUGGGUUGGAAUGUCUCUUUAGGUCUCCCCAUGUCCGUGAGCCGUGGGCUGCGGCUCGACGGUGCCCCACCCCUAGAGUGGCCUGUCGCUGUAGUUGGGAACCUGUGAUUCCCAUCCUCACCUCACCUCCUCCUCCCCCCUGUCCCGUCCCGUCCCUCCCCUCCCCUCCCCCCUCUUCCUUCCCCCUCUUCCCCCCCUCCCACGCGUCGCUGUGCUGGACGUCAUGAGCAUAGUAAUCGCGCUGGGAGUCACCACACCUGAAACGUCUUACUCAGAUAUGGCUGCUGGAUCAGACCCUGAGUCAGUGGAAGCAAGCCCUGCCGUGAAUGAGAAAAACUACAACAGCCACAGCUGUGGGAGCGCACAGAGUCAUGGGUAUCGGGGACUACCGUAUGCUAUGCAACAGUCUUCCGUUGUGUGUUGUCAGGAUCACAACUAUGGCGCGCCCCCUCCCCCCACCCCACCCGCCUCCCCGCUCUCCCAAACCAUCAUUCCCCGCAUGGAUCUCAACGGCGUGGUGCGCAGCUCCCGCUAUCACGACGCCACCAAGGACAACUCAGCCGACAGUGACAGCUCCUCAGAGGAGGACGGGGCCGUGGCUGGCUGGUGCCACUGCAGCCUGACGCCGGACGGCCUGCUCAUCAAGUGUGACAACUGCAGGGGAUUGGACAGGAGGAAAGGAGCAGAAGGCCAGCACAGGAAACCAGAAAAUGUGUCAGUUGGGGAGAGUAGUGCCACAGAGAGUGGUGAUGAGGAGGUUUCACCCUCCACUAUCUCCUAUACCGCCACCCAGCAUACGCCCACCAGCAUCACCCUCACCGUCAACCGGGUCAAGAGGAACAAAUCCAAAAAGAGGAAGAAGAGUACGGAGAAAGCUCGCGGAGCGCCCAAGGGCAAAAAAGUCAAGGCCUUCAGAGAGGGUUCUAGGAAGUCCAUGCGGAUGAAGAACUCGACGACAGAGGCCAGUGUGCUGGACGAGAAUACGGCAGAGGGCUGGGAGACCAAGAUUCGCCAGUGGACAGACCAGUACGAGGAGGCCUUGGCUAACCAGUACAGUGCUGAUGUGCAGACACUGCUCCAGCUGCACCGGGCUGCUAGCACCACCGUCUCCAAGACGGAGAGCGGUACCACGACACCGCCUUCAAACACGCAGAUCCAUGCCUCGGCCGACACCAUGGACACCAUCAAUCGCACCGAGCUGGCCUGUAACAACACAGUGCUGAGCUCCCAGAUGCAGCUCCAACUAGGCCGGGUAACACGAGUGCAGAAACACAGGAAGAUCCUGCGAGCAGCCAAAAACCUGGAGCCAGACACCCUAAUCAUUGAGUACCGGGGCAAAGUCAUGCUCAAACAGCAGUUUGAGGUCAACGGGCACUUCUUCAAAAAACCCUACCCUUUUGUGUUGUUCUACUCCAAGUUUAAUGAGGUAGAGAUGUGUGUGGAUGCUCGGACCUUUGGAAACGAUGCACGAUUCAUCAGGAGGUCCUGUACGCCCAACGCUGAGGUCCGGCAUAUGAUUGCCGAGGGCAUGAUCCACCUGUGUAUCUACGCUGUCAGACAAAUCACCAAGGACGCUGAGGUCACCAUUGGAUUUGACUACGAGUUCAAUAGUUGCAACUACAAAGUGGACUGUGCCUGCCAUAAGGGCAACCAGAACUGCCCGGUGCAGAAGCACAACCUGAGCCCCAGGGAGAGCUUGUUGUGCCCCCCCUCCCUGCCAGCUCCCUCCUCUCUGGUGGGGGCUGAGACUCGGCGGAGGAAGGCCCGGAGGAGAGAGCUGGAGGACUGCAUGGCCACCGGGGGCACCUCCGAUGACAGCAACCAGCCACUCGACCAGCAUCCAGAGGCCCGAGAGCUGCAGGGGACCAGUGACACAGAGGAGGGAGUCCUGGAUGAGGUGAAGCUGGAAGAAGGAGAGGAGGGAGAGGUGGACGAGAAUGGUGUCAUCCUCUCUGGCAAGAGAGCAUUUGACAGUCUGGACAAGCGGAGGAGGAGACUGGGAGGAGAAGAUAUAAAGGAGGAGGGUGUGGAGCCAGAGGAUGGGGCUGGAAACCCCUCUGGGGGAAACCCCUCCACGGCCCACAACACUGGGGUGGGGGUCAGUACCCGACGUACCACCUAUGUCACGGAACCAGCAGCAGUAGAGGCUGAAAAGGGCCCAUCCCCCCUGUCGACUAACCUGACUGCCCCAGCCGUUCCCCCUAAACCUCCCCCAGCUCGCUCCACGAAGCCCCGGCCCAAGAGCCGCAUCUCUCGUUACCGCUCCAGCUCAUCGCAGCGUGCCCGGCGGCAGCGGCAGGCCCUUGCCCAGCAGGCAGCAGCUGCAGCGGCGGCAGCGGCAGCAGCGGCAGCAGCAGAGCAGGGUGCUGCCCUGAUAGAGGAAGGACCCCAGGGUCUACCUGGUGCUGAAGUAGGCCUGGGGGAAAGCAGCCUGGGGUCCAGUCAGCUCCCUGAUGCAGAUGGUCAAGGCCCAGCCUGCCUAAACAGAAGCAACGUGCGCUAUCCCAAGACUAAGAAGUACCUGGUGACAGAGUGGCUGAAUGAUAAGGUCCCUGGAGGGGAGAAGGUCCAGCAGGAGGUGCCAGUGGAGCGCCCCCUGCGGAUCACCACCGACCCCACGGUGCUGGCCACCACCCUCAACAUGCUGCCGGGCCUGUCCCACUCCUCGCUUAUCUGCACCACACCCAAACACUACGUCCGUUUCGGCUCGCCCUUCAACCCCGAGAGACGGCGGCCCCGCCCGCUCCAGAUGGAUGGCACCUACGGCUGCUACAAGAAGAGGUGGAUCAAGCAAGCGGAGGAUGAGAGUUGUUCGGCUAGCAUGGAGGAUGGCACGGAGUCCACCUCGUCCCAGCAGAGUACCAGCAGCAGAUCCACUCCCAACCCCCUGUCCAACGAGCAAAACGCGCCCUUCAAGAAGCGCCGGUCCAAGUACACGCUGGAAACGAUGCCGGCACCCUCGGACCACCUGCUGCGGCCGCUGUCGCCCAUCACUCCGCCGCUCCCCGAGGACCCCCUCCACCCGCUGCUCAACGCCCCCUGUACCUCGCUGCUGCCCAAUGGCCUGGCGUACUCCCCCAUGCCCUCGCUGCCCACCAGCCGCUGCAACACACCGCUGCAAUUUGAGAACAUAUCAUCCCCUGAGGCAUCUCCUGUCCACCGGUCAGAGUCCAUCUCUCCUGAGCCGUGUUUGCGGACAGACUUUGACGUUCCCCGGCCCCAGUUCCCGGACAUUUCCCGCCCCUCCAGCUUAGAGAGCCCUGUGGCUGUCACCUCGGAUGACUUCUCCCUAGCCGCAGGGCCUGCAGGCCACGAGUCCCAGGGCCCGGCUUCUGCAGGCAUCGGCUCCCUCACCCCAGCGUCCUGCCCUUCCUCGGACCCAGCCCCCCAGAGCAGGGAGCAGGCCUUCAGGACAGAGUUCAACCUCAUAUACACCUGCUCGCCCCUCAACGCCAACUUGGGGAACCCGGCGGCCACCGAUCGGCGCCUCUCACAAUCAGAGGGCGGCUUCUCCCCAGCGGAGUCCUUCUACAGCUCUGUGAGCGGCCAGGGGCUGCUGGGGGAGGUGGGCCCCGGCUCCAUGUCACCCUACAGCGAGCCUCAUUACGGGGGAGGCUACCCUGACAGCGGCACGCCCCCUCACACCAGCAACCCACCGCAAAAGAAGAAGGUGUCUUUGCUGGAGUAUCGCAAGAGGAAGCAGGGCAGCAGCCGAGAGGCAGAGCCUAGCAGCGGCGGUGGCAGCAGUGGCGUCUCCUCCCUGGGUGCCACCCCCACCCGGCCUGGCUCCCACUACAGCCAGGAGUCCCAUCAUCCCCAUUCCCACCAUCAGCUGCAGCACCCGGCCUCCCCACACAGCUCCUUCUCCUCCCCGGCCCACACCGCCUCCUCCAUCCCGCAGAUCGAGGAGGUCAGCCCGCCAGACCACCAGGCCUCAGUGCAGUCCAGAGUCCAGGACAGCAACAGCCACUGGAUGGUUCCCACCAGCGUUGAGCGUCUAAGGGAAGGCCAUGGUGUGCUGGAGCGUGUGCUGAGAGGAAGCAUCAAGAUGGAGCGCAUUUUAAAGAGGACUGAAGCUGACAAGGAAACUGAUGCAGAUCGAUAUGAGAUCCAGGCAGCGUCCAUGUCCUCGCCCAUGAAGAGCCCUCACAGAUACAGCCCCUCUGUGUACUCACACCAGUCGUCAGAAAGCCACCGGCAGACAGACAGCCCAUCCUUCCUCCAGCAGACCUCCAGCUCUCCAUUCCGGGGUUCCUACAGUCCCUCCUCAGGCCAGAGUUUCUACCCCCGCCUCACCUCCUCCCACUCCGCCCUGUCCCAGGACCACGCCCCUUCUUCCUACCCCAGCCACGCCCCCACGCCCUCCUCUUCCUCCUCCACCUCCUCCUCCUCGUCCUCGUCAGACUCCAGGCCACCAGGCGGCUCUCUACACCAGCAGAGUGGCAACAUGGACGGAGGCCACGGCUACUUAAAAGCUAGCCUUUUAAACAGCAGCGGCUUGGUGGGGUCUCCCGCCCCAGGAUCCAGGGCCCACGGGCAGACUAAAAUAGACUCUGGCGCCCAGGCCUCCAGACUGAGCCAGCAGCAGGCGUCCCGCAGCCUGAAGUCGGGCAGCCCGGGCCAGGCGGCGCUGCAGGCGGGGCCCAGGCUGCUGCCGGCCUCCGGGCCCACACAUUACCCACCGAGAGGGACGAGUCUCAGCCAGUUCCAACACCCCCCCCUCCAGGGAUCGGGACUAAGGACACAGUCAGGAAGCUUUUAGGACCUUGUUCAAGUGUGUAUGUGUGUGUGUGUGUAUGCGCGAGAGACUGAGUGUGAGAGUGAGUGUGUGUGUGUGUAUGAAGCUGCGUACCUCCUCAAACCCCUCAACCUGUGGUGAAAUGGGGCUCAGGGAGUUCGGGGAGGGGAAAUGUACAGACCUAAGAGGAGCAAGGACUUCUUGUAUGGAUUUCUCCUUUUUCUUAUUUUCUGUCUUUUCUUUCUUUAUUUUCGGAAAAACAGAUUACUGCAUUCUGCGCAAAGCUAAUCACUGACUUUUGGACAUCAUUGAGGAAAUCAGUGGAAAGAAAAAAAAAGCGAUUUGGGAAAUAAAAUAAAAGAGACACAUUCUGAAACAAUAAGAAAUCAUUAUGUAACUUGAAAUUGCCCCCUCCCCCCCAGUGUUUUUCCUGAUGUGUCGGACUGUGCAAACAGGCUAUGUAACGGUGGAAAGUAAAAACUUUAACACAAAUAUCUGUACAAAGUUAUAAAAAAAAAAAAAAGUGUACCUGUCGUCUUGGUACCCAGGUUGGAUAAAUGCUGAGAUGCAGAUGUUUUAUUUUUAUUUUUAAUUUUUAAUCUUUUUUUUUUUGUUUUGUUUUUGUUUUUGUUUUUUCAUCAUGGUUACUUUUUGAUUUGGCGAGCAGCCGAGUCUGUCCUGCAGUAAGUAAGUAAGUAAAGUGUUUCAUUUGGAAAGGGGAAACGAUGCAAGCAGAGCUGACGUGUCGGUCAUCCGUUACAAAGAGGGGAGGGCAGGAGCUCCCUGGUUAGGAUCAUUCCAUACAACUACCAGCUUUUGUGUCUCACAGCAAACAUGAAAACACAAAAAACAUAGCCUGUUCAUUCAUUUAUUUUUUCCCCCUCCUUCCUCUUUUCUGUUCUUUCAUCCCCACUUGACUGUUUUGAUUUCACUUUUAGUACUACUUCACUGUAGAUUUACAAUAUUGUACUUGAGACAUACAGGUCUUAUGAUUCAUGGUGCUGCAGUCUUUGUUUUUCCAAUAAAUUUGAAAUCCAGUUAUGUUCCCCCACAUGAACGGCUUGUAUUCAUCUUGUCGUUACAUCAUUAUGAAUCCGUUUUAUUUUCCUCCAAAUUGCGAUUAAAAAAAUAAAUAAAUAAAACACACACACACAUGCAAACAGAUGUUUUUAUGGUGUUGGAAUGCAGGAGCAACAUGAGAAGAUAAUAAUCUGACGUUAUUUCUUCACUCCAUUGUUGGGUUUGUCUCAUUUUUCUUUAUUUUUUUUAAAAUCCUGUAUGGAUUUUUUUCUGUUUGUUUUGUUUUGUUUUGUUUUGUUUUUUUGGAAAAUUUCUAAAUAUCUAUACAUAUAUAUUUUUGUUUCCUGACCAAUCCCUGCAUUCCGUUAUGCCACCUAAGAAAAAAAGGGGAUCGAGGACUCUGGGAUGGUUUAUAAAACCUUGAUUUUGAAAAAACAUAAGCUGCUGUGUUCUCAUUAUUUUUCACGUGAGAGCUGCCUCAGAAAGUUUCCCUUUCCUCAGAAUGCUGUAAUCCUUUUUUUUGUUUUUUGUUUUGUUUUUUUUUUUUUUAUAAACUAAGAUCCUCCCCAACUGAAUUGUAAGGAAAACGAGACGACAGAAGUGAAGUUACUGAGCCGUGCACCCUGAGCUUCAGCGGGAUCUUGAACCAACGCGAGGCCGACGCCGCCUUCCUCCCCCUUCAGACAUUUUUUUGUGGUUGGUUUGGGACCGGAUGUUGUGUCAGGCCCGGGAGACAAACGCUGGAUUUUAUGUAGAAAACAAAACGUGGAGGGACUGCUCAUCUGACUGGACACCUGACCUUCCUCUCUCUCUCUCACACACACACACACACACACACACACACACAUCAUCAUCCACCAACAGACAGGAGGGUACUCACAUGUUCCAUGAAUGUUUGACAGACAGAAGACUUCA